AUGAAAUUUCUAGUUUUUUUGAUGAUUUUGAGCCUAUCUUCGAAAAUUGUUUUUGGCCAAAAAUUGGAUUUUUCGAGUUGUGCGAGAAUGGAUGUUCCAGGUGAGAAAGCGAAUUUCGUGCCACGUGUCGAAAUCCACCAAUUUUUUCUAGGUUUAAAUAAAGUAGCGCAGGGACUUUGCAUAACUUCGUGCUCCGUUCAAAAUUGUGGUACGGGAACUUGUCAAAAACGUGGAGGAAGACCGACUUGUGUUUGUUCGAGAUGUGCAAAUGGUGGAAAUGUGCCAGUUGGUGAUGUUAUUGGUGCAGUCGGUAGAAGAGGAUGA